GGAGUGAUUUUGUGGAAUUGUUAAUCUACAUUGUAGAAUUUGAAAUUGUAUAGUGCACGGUGCAGGUGAAAAAUUUGCUAAUUUGGUAUAGUGCACAGUGCAAAUGAAAUCGUAAAUUAUUUCUGAUGUCAGUUGUUGGUAUCAAUUAUGAAGUUAGGACCAAGCCUUCUCAAUCGGUUGAAGGAUUCACAAAAAAUAAAUAAAGAAAGAUCCUGAUUUUAAGUGUGAAAGUUCAGGGCCUUUGCUAACACUCUAAAAUGGGUUUUGAUCACUGUGAAAAAAGAUGGUCCCCCUUUCCUUUGGAAGCUUCGCACAGAGAGAGAUAGAGAGAGGAGUAGUACUGUGAGGUGAGGGGCCUGGCCUGAGAACAAGAGACAAAUGAGUUGGUUGGUUGGGUGGGUGGGUCCCAUGUGGGAUGUUGUCAUCUUUAAGGGUCUUUUAAGAGUGUUUUUAUAACUCUCUUAAAUAAAAGUUGAAGUAGAACGCAAGCUGAUUCAGGACGUCUUGUAAUUGGUUGGUAUGCGGGUCGUGGCCUGCGAUUUAGGAGUUCACUUGAUUUCACCUAAGAUCUCAAAGUUUGAUUCCUCUUGCCAGCGACUCUUGAGCCACAUCACUUCUAUGCAUAAGCGUGUGAAAAUAUUAUUAGAGGGGGCUGCAAAGAUUAGUUCAAGAUUCACGUAAGCUGGGAUUUUGAAAAAAAAAAAAAAGGUGUGAUAAUGAGAUGAUUACUGGUCCCAGUCCCAUCCCUUCUUUGGGGAAAAUUUUUCAGUGUGGAGCAGAUAUCACGUGGUGUCCGCUCGUGCAUUCGAACCGUUUAUUUUUUUUUGAACGGCUCAAAUUUGGAGAGAGAAAAUGAGAGAAAGUGUAGGGGUGAGAGGAGAGAGAGGGUUUCAAUCCGAACCAUCCAAAAGUGUAUUGGGCAGUUCGAAUGCGCCGAACUGGUACCACGUGGGAUAUACCCGCUCGGCACUGAAAAAUCUCUCCUUCUUUGGACAUAGUAUAUGGAUAUGAUUACUACGCACUACACGUUUGCUUCCACUUAUCUUUCUCUCUCUCUCUCUCUCAAAACACCAUAGCACCCAUUGCAACAAUGGACGCCACAACGAUCACAACACAACCCAUAAACACCCAGUACGACUGGGCCAAACAAGUGAAAGAAUUCGACGAGACCAAGGCCGGCGUCAAAGGACUCGUUGAUGCCGGCAUUAAGAAACUCCCCGAAUUCUUCGUCUAUCCUCCGGAGAGCCUAGAAAAUCUGCCGCCCAAGUUCCCCCUCGAGCUCCCCACAGUGGACUUCAAGGGGGUGGAAGGCGGUAGAAGGCGGGAGGUGGUGGAGGGGAUACGGGCGGCCGCGUCUGGGUGGGGUUUUUUCCGGAUGGUGAACCACGGGGUGCCGAGUGCGGUCAUGGAGGAGAUGUUGGAGGCUACGAGGAUGUUUCAUGAGCAGAGGAGAGAGGACAAGAUGGAGUACUAUUCCGGGGAUAGUAAACGGAGGGUGAGGUUUAAUACAGGCGGCCGCAUCCGAGUGGGGGUUUUUUCUUGGAGGGAUAUUUUGACUUGUGUUUUCCAUGAUGAUUAUCUUGACCCUCAAGCUAUUCCUCUUGUUUGCAGAAAAGAAGUGCAAGAGUAUGUGAAAUGCAUGAUAAAGCUAAGAGAGACAAUGGCCGAGUUACUCUCAGAGGCUUUAGGGCUAAGUAGUGACUACCUUUCACGUAUCGAAUGUAUGAAAAGUGAGGCAUUGGCUUCUCUGUAUUACCCGAUUUGCCCGGAGCCGCACUUGACCUUGGGCACUCCAAAGCAUACUGACACAACUUUUCUAACGUUGUUGCUGCAAGACCACAUUGGUGGCCUCCAAAUUCUUCACAAAAACCAGUGGGUGGAUGUCCCUCCAGUUCCCGGCACCCUUAUCGCAAACAUUGGGGAUCUCAUGCAGAUCAUUUCAAAUGACAAGUUCAUAAGCGUGGAGCAUAGAGUUUUGGCUCAACCAUUUGGACCAAGGGUAUCAGUUGCAUGCUUCUUCAGUCCUAGCAGUAAGGCUGCAGAUAAACACUUCGGACCCAUAAAGGAGCUUUUAUCGGAGGAAAGUCCUCAAAUAUACAGAGAGUUCCUGUGCAAUGAAUCUUUUACCUAUUACACGAUCAAUGGACAAGAUGUCGAAUCUGCCUUUCCCCAUUUUAAGCUAUAAAGUGCCGGGUGCUGGUGUCGGUGCGGGCUGUUGAGGUUACUGAAAGUUAUGUUGCUACUGCUUUUUUAACUUAUUGGUCAUUGUUUUUCUUGAGAUGAUGUUUACGUACGUAAUUACUUAUGUCUUAUGCUGUUGUGUAGCACUUAUCAAACGAAUCCCUAUUUGAUCGAUCGAUGUGAAUGAACUAUAUAUAAGGAGCUAUUUCCACUA